GCUAUAUAAGUGUGUCAUUAUAGAAGCUUUCAAUCACAAGUAAAACCCGAAAAUAAAUUUAUACUACUGGCAGCAUCAAUUUCCAUGAUGUUUCCAGUAAUUUUGACUCAAUGGUUUGUAUUGGGUUUGUUCAUCCUCUCAGCUUCUUCAACUGCAAAACCGUUUGAUAUACCAAGACUUAGUCCAACAGGACCAAGAAUUGUGCAAGACCCUGAAGAAAUAUUUAUUUCUGAGUUAGUUUCUGAUGAUCUGGAAACAUUCUUUUACAAUCAAACGCUUGAUCAUUUCAACUAUAAUCCUGAAAGCUACGAGACCUUUCAACAAAGAUAUAUUAUCAGUUCUAAGUAUUGGGGUGGCGCUAAUUCUAGUUCACCAAUCUUUGUUUAUUUUGGUGCAGAAGCACCAUUAGAUGGUGAUCUAACUGUUAUUGGUUUUCUUGCUGAUAAUGCUGCUCAAUUUAAUGCUCUUCUGCUAUACAUAGAGCACAGAUACUAUGGAAAAUCAGUCCCAUUUGGAUCACAAGGAGAAGCAUUGAAGAAUGGAAGCAUUCGUGGGUACUUUAACUCUGCUCAAGCUAUUGCAGACUAUGCAGAAAUCAUCAUUCAUGUCAAGAAAAACUUACAGGCUGAAAAUUCUCCUGUUAUUGUUAUCGGAGGAUCAUAUGGUGGAAUGUUGGCCUCAUGGUUUCGACUUAAAUACCCUCACUUAGCUCUUGGAGCUUUGGCGUCAUCAGCACCUGUUCUUUACUUUGAUGAUAUUACCCCUCAAGAUGGAUAUUAUUCUAUUGCCUCCAGAGAUUUCAGAGAAGCUAGUGAGAAUUGCUACAAAACAAUACAAAAAUCAUGGGCAGAAAUUGAUGGAGUUGCUUCUAUGCCUAAAGGCCUUGAUGUUCUAAGCAAGAAAUUCAAGACUUGCAAACCCUUAACUGAUUCCGAUGAGCUAAAGGAUCGAUUAGACUCGAUGUACAGUGGUGCAGCUCAGUACAACAAGCCACCAACAUAUCCAGUUAACAUAAUUUGCAGCGGCAUAGAUGGAGCUGCUUCUUCUAGCAAUGAUACUCUUGAUAAGAUUUUUGCUGGUGUUGUUGCUUAUAGAGGAAACAGAUCAUGUUAUAUUAAUCCACCCACUAAUCUAUCUGAAACUUCAGUUGGGUGGAGAUGGCAGACAUGUAGUGAGAUGGUGAUACCGAUUGGGCGUGGGAAUGACACCAUGUUCCCACCUUCUCCUUUUGAUCUCAAUGGAUACGUUCAGGACUGCAAGGCCAUCUAUGGGGUUCGACCUCGCCCUCACUGGGUCACUACCUAUUAUGGAGGCCAUAGCAUAAAACUAAUUCUUCAGAGGUUUGGUAGCAACAUCAUUUUCUCCAAUGGACUAAGAGAUCCUUACAGUAGUGGCGGGGUGUUGGAGGAUAUAUCAGACACUAUUCUUGCAGUUCAUACAGCCAAUGGAUCUCAUUGCUUGGAUAUACUUAUAGCAAAUGAAACAACAGAUCCAGAAUGGUUGGUUGCACAACGGAAAACUGAGAUCAAUAUUAUCAAAGGAUGGAUUAGCAAGUACUAUGAUGAUCUAAGUAUUAGCAUUACCAAUUAAACCACAUAAAAGUUCCUUGUAAAACAAUAGUGGAAAUCAAAGUUAGAAAUUGUACAUAUACAAUAAUGGCAAACAAUUACAAAGAUCAAGAAGUUGCAUUUCUGGAUGCUGGAUAGUAUUGUCAAUAAAGAAAGAUUCAAAACUGUGCUAGAUA